GUUUUCUGUUGGCCUCUUCUUAUAUACGCGAGUCCCCUUUAUAUCUAUCUAUAUAGAGAUUUAGAGAAGAAGAAGAAGAAGAAGUAGGAGGAUUGCGAUUUGGGAGGGAAGUGAAGAGAGAAGAAAGGAUGUCGUACUUGCUGCCGCACUUGCACUCCGGUUGGGCGGUGGAUCAGGCCAUUCUCUCCGAGGAAGAACGCGUUGUGGUCAUCCGCUUCGGCCAUGACUGGGACGACACCUGCAUGCAGGUUGCUGAUGGGAAGCUUUUAAAUUAAGAGAUGGAUGAAGUGCUGGCGGCGGUUGCGGAGACCAUAAAGAGUUUUGCGGUGAUAUACCUGGUGGACAUCACGGAGGUGCCGGAUUUCAACACCAUGUACGAGCUCUAUGAUCCAUGCACAGUCAUGUUCUUCUUCAGGAACAAGCACAUCAUGAUCGAUCUUGGCACCGGUAACAACAACAAGAUCAAUUGGGCACUCAAGGAUAAGCAGGAGUUCAUUGACAUCGUUGAGACUGUGUACAGGGGUGCCAGGAAGGGACGUGGUCUUGUUAUUUCUCCUAAGGAUUACUCCACCAAGUACCGCUACUGAUUGCUACUUGUUCUUCUCUUUGAUUUCAUGCGCUUGAAAAUCUUUAUUCUGUUAUUGUAAACCCUUAACUCAUUAGCCUUGUAUUUUGAUUAGCUGAAUAGAAACUAGAAAUUGAUCCUGUGGCCUUGGCCAUUGUCUGAGCCCUAUUUAAUGGUUGAAUGUUAGUGAGACAUGUACUUUAUUCACGGAUUCUGAUGAUAAACAUAUCAAGUGAGUUCUUAUUAACUCUUUCUUCA